AUGACAAGCAAAGCCAAAAGCUCAGAUGUCAAGGUACUCAAAGGCCAAGAAGCCGAAGAUACAAUAUUGCAAUAUCUGAAAAGAAUGAACCGUCCUUUUGGUGCUGUAGAUGUUUCUGCCAACCUGAAAGGUGCAGUUCCGAAGGCUGCAACGCAGAAGAUCCUCGUCGCUCUGGCAGAAAAGGGCGAGAUCGUGCAGAAGACAUAUGGGAAAACGAGUUUCUUCGUCGUUAAUCAGGCCAGCAUCGAUGCGGUUCCUGCCGACAAGCUAGCAGAACUUGAAGUAGAAUGCAAGACGAUCGAGGAAGGUAACAACGUGCUUGCGGCGGAAGUCAAGGUUCUAACAACAGAACUGUCUAAACUCAAGAACUGUCCAACGGACGAGGAACUCGACGCACAAAUUGCGAGCAUGAAAGAGGGAAUAGCACAACUCACUGAAAGACUCGUCCCGCUUCGCUCCGGUGCACCACUCAUAUCUGCUGAAGAACUUGCCAAGGUCGAUGUUGACUGGGCGAAAUGGCGUGCGGAAUGGGCUCGCCGACGAAAAAUCUUCAUGACUUUUUGGCAGCUUGCAACAGAUUCCCUGCCACCCCAAGACGCUGAGACGCUUGCCGAGGAUCUAGCGAUCGAGUUCGACACUACAGAGCACAGGGCACUCGAGAAGGGACCAUUGUGCGCUAUACAAGGUACAAACGCUCGCAGCAACCUGAAGAGGAAGCGAGAGUAG